GCAUGUAUUUUUAGCUAUUGGUUCGAUUCCUAAUGCAGGUCGGAGGCAGUCACGGUCCCUGCGGUUGAGAAACAGGGGGGCGUCUCAUCUGCAAGAGCAGCACAGGUCUGCGGCAAGGAAACACUACCACAAAGCGCUGGGAGAGGCAGGGGAGAGGGGAACGAGUCAGACACGGCGAGACAAACUACUAAACAAGUUUCGCUAAUCCAGCUACUCGGCUUUCCACGUUAGAGGUGUGUGGGCUAUCCGUCCAACACUGUGUUAUUUCUGUGUUGCUGAUUCAUUCAAGCUCCGAACGGCUUUUCAAAUGGCCAGCCCUGGCUCGGAUGCAGGACGACACCUCCAACUGCAUCAGCCUCACACCGAACCAGCACCGGAGGCGGCCUUCCGCGAAGCGCAGAAAUGGAUCGAGGCGGUGACUGGCCGAUGCUUCGGUGAGAAGGACUUUCGUGGAGGACUAGAGAACGGGAUCCUACUGUGCGAGUUGCUGAGCUCCAUCAAGCCUGGCCUGGUGAAGAAGAUCAACAGGUUGCCCACGCCCAUAGCAGGCCUGGACAACCUGACGCUGUUCCUGAGGGGCUGUGAGGAGCUGGGGCUAAAGGGAACGCAGCUGUUCGACCCCGGAGACCUGCAGGACACCUCCACACGCGUCUAUGCCAAAGGAUCCGACUGCAGCAGGAGGCUAAAGAAUGUGCUGAUCACCAUUUACUGGCUGGGAAAGGCUGCAAACAGCUGUGCGUCUUACAGCGGCCCGACGCUGGACCUGAAGGAGUUUGAAGGGCUUCUGUCACAGAUGCGAAAGGAAGCGGAGGACUGUGACAGUCCUAAGCGUAGCAUCCGGGACAGCGGCUACAUCGACUGCUGGGACUCUGAGCGCAGUGACUCGCUCUCUCCCCCCCGCCACGGGAGAGAGGACUCCUUCGACAGCCUGGACUCCUUCGGCUCGCGCUCGCGACAGACCCCCUCACCGGACGUACUGGUCGCCCGCGGCAGCAGUGAUGGCCGCGGCAGCGACUCGGAGUCCGACUUCCCGCACCACCACCGGCGGAUGCCGGACGUGCGUAAGGAUGACAUGCUGGCGCGGCGCACAUCGGUCAGCGAGCCGCGCACGCCACUGCCCUUCAACCAGUUCCUGCCCAACAAGAGCAACCAGACGGCCUACAUGCCCGCGCCACUGCGACGCAAGCGCCCCGAGAGAGAGGAGGGCGGACGCAAGAGCUGGAGCACUGCCACCUCGCCCAUCGGGGGGGACCGGCCAUUCAGCAGAAGCCCCGCCCGUUCAUGUUCUGAGGAACUCUACCGCACUUCCUUGACGACCAACGCCAUGUCAACCUCCAUCGUAGUUACCAUCCCACUCAGCCCCUCCCCUAGGGACAGUCCGGAUGCUUCCAGGAAGUUCCUGCCCCCAAAGGUGGAUGGGGCAGGGCCUGGAAAGCAAGGGGGCGUGUCAGACCCAGGAAGGGAUGACAUGUGGGCCAGGCGGACCUCCCCCAAACAUGGCGGGGCCAGCCCCACCCACUUCCUGCCCGUCCCCGCAACGGGAGCCAAUCAGGCUGGGGGCAGCCCGGGGGCGGAGUCGGAGACAGACAAACCACGGAGGAGGCCCUCCUGGUUGGACGACGAGCUGUCGCCAACAUUCAGCCACAGUGCUAGUGUGUCAGAUGACCCUGAGAGUAUGAGUAUGAUAGAUGUGCGCUGUGAGGAGGACGUGUUCCUGAACCCCCACAGUCAGGUGCGGCACGAGCUCAUGCACAACCAGUACAACAAGCUGAAGGAGGAAGAGGACCACUGGCAGGACGACCUGGCUCGGUGGAAGAGCCGUCGGAGGAGUGUGUCCCAGGACCUGAUCAAGAAGGAGGAGGAGAGGAAGAUGAUGGAGCGACUGCUGAGCGGAGAUGAAGGCGUGCCGCAGCGGAGGAAGAGCAUCAAGACCUACAAGGAGAUCGUGGAGGACAAGGAGCGUCGUGAGCGUGAGCUGCACGAUGCCUACCGGCGUGCGCGUACCCCUGAGGAGGCGCGCCAGGUGCUCCAGCGCUACGCGCAGCGCUUCAGCAUCAGCGAGGCCAUCCUGGAGCGCCUGAAGCCCAAGCUGCUGGAGCGCAGCGUCUCCGCCGACCCCUCGUCCCCGCUCGGCCUCGCCGCCGCCUUCUGCCACCUGCCCCCGCUGCCCGACUUCGGCGACGUCUUCGAGCCGUGCGAGGAGGACUUCCGCGCCAGCUUCGGGGUCGGAGGUGGCGACGGUGGAGGCGUCGGCAGCGCUGGGAGUGGCGCUGGGAGUGGCGCUGGCGGUGGCGCUAACCCCAUGCAGUACCUCCGUCAGCAGUCGCUGCCCGCGCCCAAGUUCACCUCCACAGUGGAGGCCAUGGUGACCAGUUUCACCCCGGCAACGGCACCAGAGCGCCCCCUGAAGGCUCUGCCCCUACUAGCACCCAAACCGUACAGCCGCGGAGAUAAACCAGCGAAGGUGGACAGGAAUUUGCGUGUGAACGGUGAGACGGAGAAAAAGAUGGAGGAGAAGGAGAGUGAGGAUGGACGACAGGAUAGACCAGAGGAUGGACGAGAGGACAGCCCCUCUCCCCUGCAGUUCCUCCCCUGCCCCUCAUCAAAUGACACGGAGGCGCCAGAGUCCAGAAUCACGACCUCCUCUGCCUCGACGACCUCCUCCCCAGCACACGCUGCGAAACAAGCUUCCCCCACACACGGCUCAAAACAAGCUUCUCCCACACACACUGCGAAACAAGCUUCUCCCACACACACUGCGAAACAAGCCUCCCCCACACACACUGCGAAACAAGCCUCGUCGACACACACCUCAGCACAAGCUUCUCCCACACACACCUCUAAACAGGCUUCCCCCACACACACCUCGACACACGUGUCUCCCACACACACUCCAGACGCUGGCCUUCCUGGUGACGCACUUGCCCCAGGGAUCUCUGGGAAGGCUGCCGAGGAGGAGAGGCCUUCGGAGGAGGCGCCGGUGAAGGAGGAGGAGGAGGAGUCGUCACUAGUAACAGCGAGCCAAUGGCAAGCGCCUGAACGCCAGGACGUGGACGAGGGAGGUCCUCCGCAAUCCCAGGAUGCACUUGAGCAGCCUGAGAGUCCAGAGAAGACAGCACCCAGCAGACCCACAUCUCUGCCUACGGAGCUGCAGAGUGAGCCAGAAGCCAUUCCGUUGGUCGAGAGUGAGCUAGCAGCCAUCCCAUUGGUCGAGAACGGCAGCCAGCCCUUACCAGAGACAGAGCAGAGCCGGACCACAGACAAGACAACCUGCACUACAGUACCUGGUCUGCACACCACAGCCCCGACUCCAGAUCCCACAGGUCCUGGAUCAGCGCCUGACCACCAAAGCCCAGCACAGAUGGUUGAGACAGUGAAUCAGCUGGAGACGUCUCAUCUCGCUGCUCCUCUGGUCAGGCCUCCUUGUGCGUCCUCAUCGACAGAGAGUCCAGUCCAGGAGCCUAGUGAUAUAAGUGUCCCACCCACGGUGUUGAGUAUGGUCAAGCGGGGCGACCAGUGGUCAUGGGACCCAGACGAGGAGCGCAGACGUCAGGAAAGGUGGCAGCGAGAGCAGGAGCGCAUGCUUCAGGAAAAGUACCGUCGUGAGCAGGAGAAGCUGAAAGAGGAGUGGGAGCGAGCUCAGAGGGAAGUGGAGGAGGAGGAGAGGAAGUUCCAUGAGGAGGAGCAGAAGAUCCUGGAGGAGACGGUGGCCCCCCUGACGCCCCACUCCCCGGCCCCGCCCGUCCCCCCCUCACCCAUGAGGAACGUGGCCCCCCCGACCACCGCCGCCCCCCAGGACAACAUAGUGCGCUCGCUGGCCGACUGGGAGCGCAAGCAGGAGAUGCUGGAGAGGCAGGCGAGGGGAAGCACAGAGGACAACGAGCGGACAGAGCUGAGCACUGAGGAGCGGAGCAGCUCACAGCUGCAGAAGGCUGAGAGUGCGGACCUUCUGACCUCCUCGGGUGUGUCCGAGGCCAGCUCCCGCAGCCAGCACAAUGGCCAGAGAGCCACCAGGGGCCAGGGACAACCCAGGAGCCCUCAGCCCCAGCCUGCCCAGGAACCAACAUGGAACAGCAAAGAACAAAAGACAACUUCACUGGACCGAAAGACUGGAGGAAGGAGGUUUGAGGCUGGUGAGAAUGCACCAAACUCCCCUAAGUCACCCUCAUACUCCUCAGACACCCCACCUUCAUCCCCCAACAGGUCUGUGAGUGGAAAGAAGCUGUGCUCCAGCUGUGCCCUCCCCCUGGGGAAAGGGGCCGCCAUGAUCAUCGAGACCCUCAGCCUCUACUUCCACAUCCAGUGCUUUAAGUGUGGCAUUUGUAAGGGGCAGCUUGGAGACACGACCACAGGCACGGACGUCAGGAUCCGCAACGGCCUUCUCAACUGCCAUCAAUGCUACAUCCGCUCACGCUCGGCAGGACAGCCCACCACCCUGUGAUGCGCCUGCGGGAGUGCCCGUGCCCAGUCCAUCCAGACUUCCGCUCCUCUCUCCUCAUCAAGCAUGUCCAGAUAAACAGCUGUUGUGUGCCGAUGAGUCUCCUUCCUGGAUCCUGGUCCCCCUGCCUAGUGUGAUUGGGUCUGGUGUUGCCACCGUAGUGUUCAAAUGCAACAAUAGACAAGAAACUAUCUCCACCUCCAAAUGAGGAGGGCUUAUGUAUAUUUCUCCAGUUACCAAUAACAUAGAUGGAAUAUUAUACACUUCUAAUAUAUACCUAAAAUGGGGGAAGCUCUUUUUUUAUUAGAAUUAAAAGAGGACAACAGUUUGGUUUAUUCAUCUCCUAAUAACAACUCUAUCCUCUGCUAACGUCACAAUGUGAAAUUCAACUGUUACAGGUCCAGAAUAGUUAUGACCACCGCAAUGUUUCCUCACAUCAAGAGUUCAUUCAUUGCCCACAGUCUAUAUGUACUAUACGAAAAUUGUGUCAAUUAAUGAGAAAAAUGUAUACAUUUCAGUAGCAUUUUGAUCUGUUAAAGUUGGAAAGAAAUAUAGACCUGAAAUAUAGACCUGGCCCAGGAAAUUGUCAGUUUGAGGGAAUACAUAGGGAAAGAGGAAAUUACUUCCAGGCUAGAGAUAUUUUUUCUACCAGGUAUUUUGCCAAAAAAAACAAAGGAUGUUUAAUUUUAAGCUUUACAUAGGCUACUUUACUCUGCCUUUUAUAUAAAAGGCCAUUUUACGCACGCCCUUCUCCCUCUCUUUCCGGUGUCCUUCAGAAUGAUUUCGGGAGCCAUGUUUCCAAAAACAGUACUGACACACGGUUCGUCAAUGAACGUCCUCCUGCGUUUCGUUUCAUUUCCUGCUUGAAAAAGAAAUACAUUCUUUUACUAAAUUUAAUGUUAUUGAUUACCUAUGAGAGGAUUGCACGUCAAGCUGGUUGCAUCUGUGGAGGUUAUGUCGUCAUUGCGGUUUGUUCCCCUCACGCACCCAUUUUCCAUCCGAGCUACCUGCUUCUUCGGUCGUUCAUACCUUUGCUGUGUCCCCGCCUCGGUUAUGACCGCAAUUAUUAUGUGCCUUAGGAAAACGAGGGAAUGCGUACCCGCAACAGAAUGUGAAGCCGUUUGAUGAAACCCAAAGAUGGUCUGUCUGUAGCCACACUAGUUGAGCUUUGAGGACGGGCUGUUAUUUUCAUAGAAAAGUAUUGAUGUAGGAACGCGCUGAACGAGUUAGAUCUUCGCAUUUUGGGAAACGGGCUUAUGUUUGGUCCAUAGGGCUUCAUGGUAGUUAAGAUAUCCCCUUGUCUUUUCUUUCCCCGGCUCUCUUUCUUUCAGACUUUUCUUACGCCGAAUAGUCCAUUAUCUUCUGAAUGAAAAUGCGAUGUAUAUUUGGAUCAGCAAAAUAUUUUGUAAGGUCUGAUGACUUAUAAAAACUAAAAGGUGAAGCAAACAUGAACCAAAUAGAUGAUUUGUUGUAGUAGGCAAAAACCGUGUGUCAAUUCCUUAUUUUUGCCUUACUGAAUAUUUGGAUAUUUGUGAAUAACUCCACAAAACUAUGAGUGAAUAAACAAAUUAAACAGCU